ACAUGACGUCAGAACCUGCGCAAGAUCAGGGGGCGUAGAACCGCCAUCUUGUCAGGUCUGUUUACUUCCGUUAUCCCAACCGUCAGCAUCUGUCCGAUUUCCUUGUCAUCCUACGAAUCUUCGUAAUUUUAGGGAACCAAGAGUAAAGAUAAAGACAUCGACUUGUUUCAAUCAACGUAGUUUUGGUUGCUUUCGCGUAAAGAACUGUGAACGAGGCGUUUUUUCAGAGCGGAAGUGAGAUCGCCGGUCGGCAGCUUGUUUCAUCAUGGGAACGAAGGACGACGAGUACGAUUACCUGUUCAAAGUUGUUCUGAUUGGUGACUCCGGAGUCGGGAAGAGUAACCUGCUCUCACGUUUCACGCGGAAUGAGUUUAACCUGGAGAGUAAGAGCACGAUAGGCGUGGAGUUCGCCACGCGGAGCAUCCAGGUGGACGGGAAAACCAUCAAGGCGCAGAUCUGGGAUACCGCCGGACAGGAGCGAUACCGAGCCAUCACCAGCGCUUACUACAGAGGAGCGGUGGGCGCCCUGCUAGUAUACGACAUCGCCAAACACCUUACAUACGAGAACGUGGAGCGCUGGUUGAAGGAGCUACGGGAUCAUGCCGACAACAACAUCGUCAUCAUGCUCGUCGGGAACAAGAGCGACUUGCGGCAUCUACGGGCUGUGCCCACGGACGAAGCCAAGGCAUUCGCAGAGAAGAAUAGUCUAUCCUUCAUCGAGACUUCAGCUUUAGACUCAACCAAUGUUGAGACCGCUUUCCAGAACAUUCUGACAGAAAUCUACCACAUUGUCUCACAAAAGCAAAUUCGCGACAGCCCCGGAGACGACGAGUCCCCGAGCACGAACGUGCAGACCAUCACGGUCGCGCCCACCACGGACGCAGACACCAAGAAAAAGCUGGCCUGCUGUCAGCAGUAAAGGCUGCAGAACCAGACUUCUUAAACAGCAUCGUAACUGUGCUGUCCUCUCCUUAUCUUUUACCUGUAGGACAAGUUCAGCCAGUCCUUGUGCAACUUCCCAUGUUCAACACUUGUAUUUAUACACCAGGCUAACCAGUCAGCUUCAAGAAUCAGUGAUAAUCACCUGGUUAAUAUGUAAUAAAGUACCACUUGGUCUUGAGUGAAGAAGUAGUUAGGUCUUUUUUUUCGGGGUUUUCAGCUAUAUCUUGAAACAUUAACACUUCCCAGAGUUAUCAUCAACUUAUAUGUUGGAAAGAGAAUUCUUGUAAAAAAACUCUGGUAUUAAGAAUUCACAAGUUCAUCCAAAUUGACGAGGUCCGAAAUACGGGACCGUUUUCAGUUUUCUUGCAUAACUGUACAUAGCACUCUGCACUUCAAAUAUGUCACUGUUUUUAACCAAAAAGAACAUGAACCCAAGACUGUUGAUCAAUGGAAUUUUGCACAUAGACUCUCUCUAGAGAAAUACCUUGCCAUUCGCUUGUAGUCUGCAACCUUAAGAGAAGCAUGUAGUCUAAGCCCUUACGAAACAAAUGUACAAAAAAAAAAAUAGGACCACGCCUAGCCAAGUGUCUUUGGCAAUGCAUGUUUCAGUGUAUGUACGGAGGUAGAAAUGGGUUACGUUGAGAAGUGCAAUAUGUAUUUGCGAGGAUACCAUUCAGAAAAGUUGUAAGGCAUAAAUGGAAUCAUUUACAGUGGAAAACUUCAGCUGACAAGUCUGUGGUCCAGGUUUAAAUUGUUUUACGGGCAAGGUAUACAGGUUCAAAGCGGACUUUGUUGAAAGAAAUAGGCUGAAAAAAGGCGUGGUCUGGCAAUAUCCAAAUGUCUAAUAACGUUCUGAUGUUUAGAGAAAUACUUAGAACUAAGCUUUGCUGUUUCACAUCUCGUAGCAUUUUUACACAUACUUAUAUGUCUACUACUAAGCAAGAUAUUUGUUCAGUUAGAAUUUAUGGAUAAUUUCUCAAUUUGUUAAGUGAAACUUAGUUCUAUAGGUAGGCUAAGAAAUUUAAUCCUGUCUGCAUAAAUUAUUGUCAAAUUCUCUUUUUUCCCUGUUUUUGUAAAAAAAAAAAUCAGAUUUUGUUUCUGGCUGUAUACUAUCCAAGCCAAGACUUGUACAAAUCCAUAUGUAUUGUAAUGACAUUUUUCCAAAUCCUUCACUGUGAUGCACUAAUAUACUGAUGUACGGUAUUAUUCACUUGUCUGUGAUUUCGUGAGUGUCUGGCUUUGUCGUUUGGAAUGCUGCCCCCUACUGAUAUAAUGUCUAACUGCAGAAGUUUAUAUGGGGGACAAAAUCCAGUGGCAGCACAUACAAUGUACACUAUCAGUCAUGAAUUCUAGCAUUACUCGAGAUAGUUGAAAUUCUGCAGUUCAAAGAAAUCCAAUGAAAUUUGCAUGGCUGAAAUACGUCACUGUAAAUUCUGAGAUUAAUGACUUUAUUGCUAGAUUAUAUGGGAUUGACCUUGUGGGUAUAAUAUGUUAUUAUUUAUAGUUCAACUUAUGAUGAUAUGUGAGGGAGUAAUGACUUUGGAUGGAUGAAUCCGAAUGAAUUCCCUCUAAGAACGGAGGGGGGUGAGCAUUCCAAAUGAGAAAGAAAGUCUGUGUAUUAUAACUAUUUACUCACAUAUGCUGUGUUCUAUUUAGACAGAAGUCAACAGUGAAAACCUUGUGCAACAAGCAAACUCACCCCAAAAGCAGGAAAUGUCUAGGAAAGUUUUCAGAUCAGCUGUUCAGUUGUUGGCCUGCAGUUUUUAGCUAUUUCACAAGAGGGCGCUGUUGAGCCAAUACAGUCUGAACAGAACACAGUAUUGAAAACAAGUCCUGGCUUGAUGUGUCUGUGCCUCCCUGCCUGUACACCUCAUCAUCAAUAACAUAAUAAAGAUAAGACAUGAAUUACACUCAAUGUACUCAAUAAAUGUAACAUCGUGA